GGCUUCAACUAGGCGCAGUUCUGCAUAUCUACUUGGAUACUUUUUCAAAAACAGUAAAUUGUAUCUGGUGGAUGAAGCUCCAAAUAUGAUAUCCACCUUGAUCAUUUUACUAAGUGACACAGACUCUACCACUGUAUCUGCUGCCUGGGAAGCACUUUAUAGAGUUGUUGGUUCAGUCCCGAAAGAAGUUCUCCCAUCAUAUAUAAAAUUAGUUCGUAAUGCUGUAUCCACAUCUAGAGACAAGGAACGUAGAAAGAAGAAGGGUGGACCAAUUGUUAUACCUGGGUUAUGUCUCCCAAAGGCUCUUCAACCAUUGUUUCCCAUAUACCUUCAAGGCGUAAUAAGUGGGUCUGCAGAAUUGAGAGAACAAGUUGCUCAAGGUCUUGGAGAAUUAAUUGAAGUAACAAGUGAAAAAGCACUCAAGGAGUUUGUUAUACCUAUUACAGGGCCUCUGAUCCGAAUUAUAGGCGAUCGAUUCCCAUGGCAAGUGAAAAGUGCUAUUUUGUCAACUUUGACCAUCAUAAUAGCAAAAGGUGGGAUGGCUCUUAAAGCUUUUCUCCCUCAGCUACAAACCACCUUUGUCAAAUGCCUGCAGGACAACACAAGGUAAGAUUUCCUUUUCUACUGCCAUCUUUUGUUUAUUUUUAUUCCUUUUAACAUGAGGGCAUUCACGUAAAAUUACAGGACUGUUCACUCAAGUGUUGCUCUCGCACUUGGUAAGCUUAGUGCACUAAGCACAAGAGUUGAUCCCCUAGUUGGGGAUCUUCUAUCCAACCUACAGGCAUCAGAAGGUGGGGUCCGCGAUUCAAUAUUGGUCGCCCUAAAAGGCGUUGUCAAGAAUGCUGGAAAGAGUGUUAGUGGUCCACGGUCUUAGUCCAUGAAGGUGCUUGCUUUAUUGGUUGGCAGUUUGGUUAUUUGUUAAGACUCGUGUUUUCGAUCUCUUACAGGAGUUGAUAUACAACGACGAUAACCAAAUACGAAGCUCUUCAGCAAGAAUUCUAGGCAUCAUAUCAGAGUAUUUGGAAGACGAUCAAAUUUCUGAAUUACUAGACGAACUCCCGGAAAAUGCUUCAUCUCCUACCUAGACCACUAGGCAUGGGUCACUUCUUACAAUCUCAUCCAUGCUAAGACACAUUCCUACUGUAAUAUCAGCAUCUCCAUCAUUCACAGUAGUUACAAACUGCCUCAAAAGUAGCUUGACCGAUGAA